AUGUCUUCAGGCACUCCUCCCUCCCAUGGGGCAACUACCCCGACACAGUACACUGAUAAGGAGGAAGGCCACUAUCAUUGCAAUCAUCCCAACCAUUACUAUGAGGAACGAAACAGGAAUAUUCAGAAGCCUCACCAGUCCAUGGUGUCACAGGUGUACAACCCUUCGUUCUUCAAGGUUGCCAAUCCUGGCCCAUUGGGUUUGAUCAGUUUCGCCCUGACUACCUUUGUCCUCGGCCUCUACCAGUGCGGUGCUGGUCUUCCUGGAUCAAACCCCUUUGGCGGUGUCGGUCCUGACCAAGCCAUCUUUGGUCUGGCUGUCUUCUUUGGUGGCAUUGCUCAGCUUUUUGCUGGCCUUAUGGAGUUCCGCGUCGGCAAUACCUUUGGUACUACCGUCCAUUGUUCCUACGGUGCCUUCUGGCUUGCUUUCGCCAUGUUCUUCGUUCCUGAUCUGGGUAUCAAGGAUGCAUACAAGGGCGAUGACCGCGCAUACAGCUUUGCAUUAGGCAUCUUCCUAAUUUUGUGGUGCUUCCUCACUCUUAUCUUCUUCGUGGCCGCUCUCAAGACGAACAUUGCCAUCCUCAUUGUUCUCGGUUUCUUGUUCCUCGCUUUCCUCUUCCUCAGCUUGGCUCAGUUUCUGCAGACCACUCACCCUACUGCAGCUAUUCGAAUCAACAAGACUGGAGGCGCAUUUUCAUGCAUCUGUGCCUUCGCAGCUUUCUAUGCAGGUGCGGCUGGUAUUAUGACUGAGGAUACGACAUGGGUUCGCUUCCCCCUUGGCGAAAUCGAUGUCCAGCCCAAGAAGACAAACAUUGCUUAA